CCACAGCUGGGGCGACUUUGUUCACGGCGACUUUAUGCUCUUGAACCGGAAGGCCUUCGUGUGGACAGACGAUGCCAUCCGCCACUGCCCGCUGGCGCGCGUCUUCUGGAGCGACAGGUGGCUCGGCGGCUGCAUCAGGCACGCUGCAGGCUGGCCCAACUACCCAGAGAGGCCGAAGCAUCCCCUCGACUACCACCGUGCGCCAGAGAUGAGGCCGAAACGGUGGCCAUCUGCGAUCACUGUCGACACCUUGACGGCGCUCCCGGACCUUGCCAAAACGCUGCUACGCGCGAGACGAGCGCGCGGGGCCAACGACUCGGCCGGCCGGUGGCGCCUAGCCGGCGCUCGGGCCCAAAGUCUUCAGCUGGGACUGCUGCGCUCGACGAGCUACCACAAAUUGUCUCCAGACGACAUGCUGGCCGUCCACGCCAUCCUCCAGGAGGACGACCUCGCCCACGCGCGACGCGAGCUCUUCUCGCGGGGAGGAGGAAGGGCGCGCGCAGAGUCAACAGAAAGAAUGGGAGCGCACGCACUGUGCUCGGAGCCCCGCCAGCGCCUGCGCUCCUAAGCGCGUCCGUGCUAGAGCUAGGGGGGGAGUCCUGAGCCAUUCGGCGCGUGAGGUGAGGCGCGGGGCGCGGCAUUGCAGAAUCCCAAUGUGCAGUUAUGGUUUUUUU